AUGAAAUAUUUAUGUAAUUCAAAUAUAUUGACAUUAGAAGUCUUUUUAGAAUUGGAGGGAAUUGAGGCAUCAGUUGUUGCAAUAGUAUAA